CCAGCCCAAUCUACCUGAGACCCUGCCCUUCUGCUCCCACAACAGAGUCGGUUGACCCCUCAGACCCUCACAGCCCCCACUGAACACCUCACAGAUAUCUCACAGGAACCCUAGAGGGACCCUCACAAACACAGACUUCCCACGGAUGUACCCACAAUAUCAACACAUCCUACCCAGAGACUCGCUGAAAACCCCUUACCAGGUCCCAUGGAGCUCCCUCAGGAAACCGCACCCACUACAAAGAUGUUUAAACUGCUGUUGCUAGGUCAGGCAAGAGCCCAUUUUCGAAGGUCUGCAGAUGUCCAAGUCUCUCCACAUAGUAGACUUUAAAGCAAGGCCUUUCACUUCUCAGCUCCUGCAGCCAGGCUCAUCCCUAACCAAGACUAUCCCCUCUCGGGACCGACACUUUCCCCUUCAAUCUACUGCAGUUUCCUGAUCUAAGGACAACAACCAAGUCAAAGCCAAAGAUGGAAGCAGACAAGGUCACAGAAGAGCCUCAUACCACCAUGGAUGCAAAGGAACACCCCUCUUCCAAGGAUCCUGCUACUGAAGAUAUUCAGGAGCCCCCUGUCUCUGAAGCUACCUUGGAGCCUUCUAUCUCCCAGGCCCCUUUAGAGAGUCAGGCUUCUGAAAGCAUUUUAGAGCCUUCUGUCUCUGAACCCCCUUUAGAGACCCCUUUAGAGCCCCACACCUCUGAAAAUAUUUUGGAGUCUUCUAUCUAUGUAACCUCUUUAGAAGAGUCAACCUCUGUGAUCCCUUUGGAAGCCCCUACCUCUGAAGUAGCAGAGAAGCAUAUUAUUUUUCAGACCUCACCAGUAAGUGAGAUCUCUGUGUCUUCCUCUGAUACAUUGAGCGAUGACCUCUCUGAGUCUUCUUCUAGUGAGGUCUCAUGGACAAAGAUGUCCUCCCAGGACCUUGAAUUUGAGUUCCUUCCAAAGCACUCCCUUCCAGGCCCUUCAGCCCAGGACCACAUAGACACAUCUACCAAGCAGAAAGAAGAGUCAGGAGAGAACAAGGAAGGAAAGGAUACCAGUGACAUCACUGCUCAGACAGCCCAUCCUGCACACCGGCUGGGCAAGAAGAAGAAGAAAGGAGUUAGCCGUUACACAGGCAGCCCAGUGGUCCCUGCUAAUCAGGCAGAGUUGAUGAAAAUGGCUAAGGCAAUGCACAGGGAGAAGUUUGGUGCUCAGUUGAAUCAUCUUUUCCAAUGGGAGAAGGAUACAACCCUGAAUGCCAUCCAGACAGGUCUCUACAUUGGAUGGCGCUGCCCCCAUUACCUAUGGGACUGCUUCCGGAUUGGGGAUGAGUCCAAGUGUUUUUGUGGACAUUUACUGAAAGAGCACCACAUUAUCUCAGACAUAACUGUACCCUGCACUAUGAGUCAGUGCCGCUGCCUUAUGUUCUGCUUCAUCCCAUCACGCCCAGAAGAAGUGGGUGAGUUCUGGCUCAAGAGACGGGCCACCUUUGAUCCCAAGGCCUGGAGGGCUCGAUGUUGCUGCAAACAUAGCCAUGAAGAGCAUGCCACCACUGGGACUCAUCCCUGCAAGCAUCGUGGCUGUAGCUGCAACAAUUUUGAAUCUAAUUUCCUCUGUGCUGCCUGUGACCGGCGCUGGGAGGAACACGAGACUUUCUUUGAGACCCAGGAGACACGGCGACGAGGAGGGAGACCUCAUGGAGCAGAAUAUGUGCCAUUUGCAGAGAUGCCUGUCCUUCAAGAAGACAACCUGAACAGCUCUGACUUCGAGGCCCUCCAGAUGCAGGGGCUCUCUGGUCAUCGCAGACACCACCCUAGUCCCCUUGUACUCUCUGGCCCACGUAGAAUCCAGCGUGGUUCCCCAUCUGACCGCCAUACCUGACCCUUUGAACCUCUACUCUUCCCUCCUCCAGGAUCAUACACUGUCAACAAAUGGCAUAGGCCCUUCUGAGCCUGGCCUAGCUCAGCAAUAAAAUGGAAGCCACUAGAAUCUGACAUGGUUCUAUAUGGGGCAGUAGAGCCAAGAGCCAACCAUAAGUCAUUAGAGUUAGCACUGUUUGGGAGCAAGAGACAGCACCAAGCAGGACAAAGGCUGGAUCCAGCCAUCUGCCCCCAUCAUGCCCACAUUCAAGUUUCUGGCCAUGAUAUCUCAAGCCAAGGAGAAGAGGGAGUUUCAAGAAGGAUAAAGUGGGCAAUGAUUUAAGAUGUGACUAGGACUUCUGUAAGAAAAAAACUGAAAAGUGCCCAUUGGAUUUUACAAGGUCUUUAGGGACUUCAGAGAGUACAGUGUCAUAUUGGUGCAGUAGAGAGAGAAACCAAACAGCUAUGAGUUUGAAAGAGACUCUUGAAGAAGCUGGGGUGAAAAAUGCAGGAAAAAUUUCAGACAAUAUCCAGAAGGAGAUAUGGAGUCAAGGAAGCAGUUUUUUUAGGAGGGAAAAGGGGAGGUAACCAGUAGACAAAAUGUCCCUGAAAGAUGCAGAAGAAAGAGAGAUGCCUUUGAGACAGGAUCCCAAACACAGAGGAAGGGGAUGAGAUCAAGGCAAAGGUGAAGAGAUUUGCUCUGAGACCAAGAGGAGGGAAGAAAGUAUGGAGCCUUCACUGAGCUUCAGGGAAAAUGAUCUUGCAGAAGUUCCCUCUGAUGACUUCUCUAUCCCCUGUGAAGUAGGAUAAGAGUGGAUACUAGGAGACAAGAAGGGAAAGGUGAAAGUUUGGGAAGGCUAAUGUUGGGGAAUUGGAGAAAAUCCUGAUCAAUGUGUAGUUUAGGAUUCAGGUACCAUUGGAAGUAAAAACCUAGAGAAGCAAAAUGUUUAUAGAUUACUGGUUGGAGAUGGGAAAGUGUCAGGGAGGAUUAUCAAGAAAACGAGGCAAAAGAAGUAGGCAUGAAGAUAUGGAGUAUGUAGAUGAUACAAACAGGGAAAGAGUGAUAUCAGGAAUCAAUUUAUGAGUUGAAACGGAAUAGAAGUCUCUAAUGAGGUCCAGUAGCUAUCGUAGUGGCAUGGACGGAAUUAAGUAAAGGACAGUGAUCAGAGCCUGCAGAGCGUUGCAGCUUUCAGAUGAGAACAGCUGCAGGUGAUGACAAGACCUUGGAAUAGAGAAGACUGUGAACCAGGGAUCAAAAAACAGUAACAAGGAAGUUCAUAGGUGAUUCUUCUGGGAGUAGGACAGGCUGACACUGAUGGGCUCUGUGCCUCUAAGGAAGAACUUUUGUCUUUGGGCCUUGGUUUCUAGAUCUGUAAAACAGGAUUAACCAGUGCUGCUGUUCUCUGUGAGAACCCAAGAAACAGCCAGUUUCUCCAUGCUUUGUAUUCACUGUCCCUCCAGGCUAAUUUCUUUCCUCUUCUAGAUCCCAACUCCACUUAUCUCUUGCCCUUCUCCUGAGCAGUUUUAAGUUCUUCAGGUGUCCCAGAGGCACAGAGAAAGGAAGCCUCUGGGAUAUAGAGAAGAGGCCAUUCUACAUUUCCUCAAAUUUAGGGAGGUCAGCUGUCCUUACAAGGGAAAGAUACAGUCCAGACUACUAGGACCCCUGGGGAAAAUCACAGGAUCAAACGUCUGCCCUGAGAAAGACUGAGAAAGUCAAAGGAUUUUCAACAAUAACAAAAUUAUAGAAAAGAGGGUUGACGAUGUAGUUCAGUGAUUGAGCCUUUGUGUAGCAGGCAUAAGGCCCCAGUACCACAAUUUAAAAAAGAAAGCAAAAGGGGAGAGACAGUUUUCCAAUUCUGGCUAUAUGCUCCAUAACCAUUCGCCUACAACUAAUUCAUUUAAUAGUCAGCUACAGAGUGCUGAUAAACUCAUUCAAGGAAACAGUAUGCAGCCAUUACCCUGGUAUA